UGUAAAUUCCAUUGCGUAAUAUUUUAGCAUAUAAUCGUAUAAAUGUGAUUCUCUUGUUUAGACGACGUAUCUGAAUUGUGUGGCAAAGCUUAGAUUCAUUUUUGGAAUGGAAGAAAGUGGUUACGAGUUUAAAAAUGUGGCUAAUCAAUAUUGGGCUACGAUUGCAGCGAAUUUGAUUAUGUUGGGGCACGGAUGUGUGGUAUGUUGGUUCACUCCAUCUAUUCCGAUUUUGAUGUCUGAAAAAACACCAUUGAUAAGUGGUCCUCUUACAAAUGACGAAAUGUCUUGGCUGGGUUCGAUAAAUAAUGUGGGUGCGCUGGGUGGAAUUUUUACAUUUGGAUAUAUAACAUCGUUUUUCGGCUGCAAACGUGCUAUGCUCUUUCUGGCACUUCCAUCGAUUGCCUUUUGGAUUUUGAUUUACUUUGGAAAUACAUAUUAUCAUAUUCUAUUUGCACGAUGUUUUGCCGGUUUUGUCGGGGGAGGUAUACAAACGGUAUUGAUCCUCUUUGUGUCUGAAAUUUCGAACGACAACAUACGAGGUCGUCUCAGCUCAUUUACUACACUGUCACGCAACGUUGGCGUUCUGAUUAUAUUCACAGUUGGCGCAUAUGUUGACUAUCACAUCGUCCCCUGCAUUUUGAUUUUUCUGCCCAUUUUGUAUUUGAUUUGUUUCACUGCAUUACCAAACACACCACAAUUUUAUCUACAGAAAGGCAACAUGCAGGCAGCCGAAAAUUCGCUCAGAUUUUAUAAAGGCUUCAAAGCAGAAAAUCAACUGGAAAUAAAUGCAUUCAAUAAGGAAUUUGAGAGACUAAAAUCAUUGGCAAAUAAACAAAAAGAGGAUAAAAAAGUGCAUCUAAGUGACUUUUUUGAGGCAAAGGCAAUGAAGGGACUUUUCAUCGGUAUAACUUUGGCAUGGUUAUCGCAAUUUCCCGGAAGCAUUACUUUUUUGAAUUAUGCAGUUUUAAUUUUUGAAAAAUCGGGCCCAUCAAAAAUAGAUCCAUACACAUCGUCAAUAAUAUCGGCAAUAGCUCAAAUAAUUGGUUGCUUUUUCUCUGCAAAACUAGCAGAUUCACUGGGUCGAAAAUUGUUAAUGAUUAUUUCAUUUCUUGGAUCGGCUACUGGAUUAUUUGUUUAUGCAUUAUACUUGUAUCUCAUUCAAAAUGGCUAUAGUUUAUCGUCUUUUUCAUGGUUACCAGUCACAUCCGUAUCUUUUAUCAUGUUUAUCUCAUCAGCUGGCAUUUACACAUUAUACUCUGUUUGUUUUAUCGAAUACUUACCAUCAAAGAUUCGAACAAUUGGACUCACAAUUUGCGUUUUAUCCAUGUACAUUUCGGCAUUUAUAUUUGUCAAAAUGUUUCCAAUUAUUCUCACAUUGAUUGACCUCUAUGGAUGUAUGAUCAUUCUAAUGGUAGGUUGUGUGGUUGCAGCAUUUUUUGUGAUAUUUGUUCUGGACGAAACAAAAGGACAAACUCUAGAUACGAUCCAAUCAACUGAAAAGAAAUGUGAGUUUUUUUUGUAUUAUUACACUAUGGAAAAUAAUGAAUUUAAAUGGCGCAAUGAGCACCAGUAUUAUGCAGCUGUAGCAGGCAAUCUGAUAAUGCUUGGACAUGGAUGCGUUACCGGUUGGUUUAGUCCAGCAUUGCCAAAGCUUUUAUCUGAAAAUACGCCGCUUGUUCAUUCGGGACCAUUGAGCAGUGAACAGGUAUCCUGGGUUGGUUCGAUUACAAACAUCGGUGCUUUGUGUGGAACUUUUACAUUUGGAUUUUUUUCAACGUUUCUGGGAUGCAAACGUGCAAUGAUAUUUUUAUCUUUGCCAUCAACAAUAUUUUGGAUACUUGUUUAUUUUGGUGACGCUUAUCAUCAUAUUUUGCUCGCUAGAUUCUUUACGGGGUGGACUGGUGGCGGCAUACAAACGACAGCAGUCCUGUUCAUCUCUGAAAUUUCAAAUAACAAUAUACGAGGUCGAUUAACUUCGUUGAUUCAGCUUUCCCGCAAUACAGGCAUAUUGAUAUCAUUCAUUAUUGGUGCUUUUGUUGAGUACAAAACAACACCUUGCAUUUUUAUAUUUAUUCCGUUGUUGUAUGUACUUUUCUUCUCAUUCUUGCCAAACACACCACAGUAUUAUCUUCAAAAGAACCAAACUCAAGAAGCCUAUGAUGCUUUGAAGUACUACAAAAAUUACAAAGGAAAAAGUGAAUUGGAAAUCAAUGCGUUCAAUAACGAAUUCGAGCGCCUUCAAUCGAUUGCACAAGAGCAAAAGGCGGAUGAAAAGCUUCAUUUUCGUGAUUUUACAAAUCGAAAAGCCAUAAAAGGGAUUACUAUUGGAAUUUCCUUGGCCUAUUUUUCACAGCUCACCGGAUGCUUCACCAUCAUCACAUACGCUGUUUAUAUUCUUGAGAAAACGGGCACCAAACUUGAUCCAUACUCAUCCUCAAUUGCGCUUGCUGUGAUGUUAAUUUUGGGAAAUCUCUGCACAACUCAUCUCGCCGACAAAUUUGGACGGAAAACUUUUUUGAUCAUAUCAAUUUUAGGAUGUGCCACUGGUUUAAUCAGUUUAUCGACGUUUUUAUAUAUGAACAAGCACGGAUACGAUUUAUCACAUUUUGCAUGGAUACCAGUGGUUUGUUUGGCAUUCAUCGUUUUUAUCGCAUCAGCCGGUAUAGUUCCACUGUCACAUGUAUGCAGAGUGGAAAACCUACCGACAAAGAUUCGAACAGUCGGACUAGCCAUAUGUAUUUUUGCUUUAAAUAUCACGUCAUUUGCAUGCACAAAACUGUUCCCAUUGCUGUUGGAUAAAGUUGAUCUUCAUGGAUGUAUGAUGAUAUUUGCCAUCAACUGUAUUGUCGGUGCAUUUUUCAUUUUUUUCAUUUUGGCUGAAACGAGGGGCCAACCGAUGGACACACUCAAAGCUGAACAAAAUCGAAAUAAAACAAUAAACUGUUAAAUAAAUUUAAGAAUUUUGAAAGCUGUUUGUGAAUAAAGAAUAAUUGCUAGUUCGAAGAAA